CGCUAUUACUGCUCAAAUAGACGUCUCAUAACUCACAUUUCAAUUCUACCGCAACGGUCACUCAUUCCAACAACACCCGUGCUUUGCAUCAGUUCGAAGAGAUACACAUCAAUCUAUACUAUACCGUCAUCAUGUCGCCUCUCAGCCAAAUGUCGCGUCCUAUUGUCCGCAGUUCCAGCAACGUGCGAUCAUUCUCAAUUGCCAUCCCAGCUCGACGCGAAGGACAAGUGAUCAAUCCCAAGCCCCGUGGAUAUCUGGCCGACAAAGAGCCAAUCACCCGCCGGGAAGCCACCAGCGAGCGAUACUUUGUCAAGACCCAGCAGCCAACGCAGACGCAACCUGAACAACCCGAGACAUACCAGAUGGUGCGGCAGAAGAUGCUCGAACACCGUCGUCAUCUAGAUGAGUUGGACCAAUAUCUCCAAAUUCUCGGUAGAAAGCAGGGUCCCACGAGCUAUUACUAGAUGGCUUCAACAACUCUGUUUCAUUGACUUUUCGUCCUUGUUUUUAUUUUCGCUUUCGAUGGAAUCUUGAUGGUUCCCGUUCCCUACUUUAGCAAACACCCAACGGUCACGAUACUUUGAUUCCUAGUGAAGUCAACCGCUAUCGGACCACCCCAUACGAAAACCCCCGCCGGAUUGUCAAGCAGGAUCUUAUGAUGAUGACAGUAGGGAGUUGUGAUAUGGAGGAAUUGAACUAGACUGAACUGGAUUUGCAUGUAU